CCCGAGGCCCGCGGAGGCGCCGGGCGCUGCCGUGGACGCCUCAGCCGGGGGCCCCGCGUCCUGCCCGGGCAUGAGGCGGGGCCGGGGCCGUUGUCCACCGCUUCUGCGGGAAGAAGAUGAAUAUCUGCAAUAAACCCCAUAAUAAGAUAGCUCCAGAGGAUUUGGGCGAAGCUGUCCCUGAGGUGAAGGUCCAGCGUGCUCGAAGAAAUGGCUGGAGCUGGCCCCUGCACCUGUUCCAGGUCAUUGCCUGGCUGCUGUUCCUGUUCUUUGCUCUGGUUGGCUUUGGGAUCCUGGUUCCCCUCCUGCCCCGCCACUGGCUGCCCGCUGGUUACAUCUGUCCAGGAGUGUGUUUUAUCUACCAUUUAGUUGUUCAUCUUACUGCAGUUUCCAUUGAUCCUGCGGAUGCAAACGUGCGAGAAAAAAACUAUCUGGGCCCUCUGGCCACCUUCAACCGUAACCAACAUGCACAUGUCAUUGAGAACCAUCACUGCCAUGUCUGUGAUGUAGAUGUGAGUGCCAAGUCAAAGCACUGUGGAACUUGCAACAAGUGUGUAUGUGGCUUUGAUCAUCACUGCAAAUGGCUCAACAACUGUGUGGGAGAGAGGAAUUACUGGCUCUUUUUGAACAGUGUGCUGUCUGCCAUUCUGGGCCUGGGGCUUCUGCUGCUCAUCGCUUUCUAUGUCUUUGUGGAGUUCUUCGUCGACCCCGCGGUGCUUCGCUCUGACCAGCACUUCGAUGCCUUGAGGAACCACAUGGACCGCUGGUUUGUGUUUCUUCCUGCAUCUCCUGUUGAGACUCGGGCACCUGCCAUUUUGGUGACAGCUGGGAUUUUUAUUCUUCUGAGCCUAGUGACCAUGAUCCUGCUGGGCCACCUCUUGACCUUUCACAUCUAUCUCUUGUGGCACAAGCUGACUACAUAUGAAUACAUCCUGCAGCAGCGUCCCCAGCAGCAGCCAGACAAGGUAGACAUGAAACAGGAGUCUUGUUCCUCCCAAGUGAGACCCAGUCAGGAAGCAGACUUAUUGUCAGGUAAUCCUGGCUAUACAGACCCUGGAAUUCGAGUAGAGGAAUUCUCAACAGUAACUUCAGGAAAAAGCUUUCCAAAGCUCUAUGUCCAUAACCAAGAAGGUGACCCCAAGCAGAGCUCAUCCCCUGAGUCCCCAUCUCUUCACUCUGUGGCCUCUUCUCAGCAACGGAAGAAAAGAAGAAAGAAAAUGCAGAAAGUUUCUUCUUCUGCAAUGGACAGUGGAUCUAAAGCACAUGCUACACCUCAGCCCUCAUUCCCAGAUCCCCUGUCAGACAAUCCCAGAGGAGGCAGGAAGAAGAAUCUGUAUUCGGAGCACAAGGUCAAAAGAAGCUGCCAACAGGACAGACAUGUGGAACGAGACCUGGAGCUUUUUUCUAAGAUUCCUGCUGUGUUUGUAAGUAAGAGCAGUGGAGAACCUUUUGUCCCUCAGCCCCAGCCCAGUGAGAGCACAUCAGAGCCUGACCACAGAAAAUGCACCAGCAAGCAGCAUGUGGGCACACAUGAUCCAUGCUCAAAGGACAUAAGGACAAGCACCACAGCGGCCUAGGGAUCAUCCUUCCAAAGCCAUGGCCUUUGGGAACAGAGUUAGUGCUGUGUGGAGGCCUAUAGGACUCAGCCCUCACUGUGCACAUGCUGUCAGGCUGCAGUGGGUUAUUUCUCAUCCUCAGCCAAAGGCAGGAGGCAGCAAGGUGGCAAGCCUGAGGUAGACUUGCUCAUGAGAGCUCAAGUGCUUUCCCUGGGGAAGGGCCAACCCCACUUGGCCCUCUGCACACUGGUACUGCAGUAAAUUCCCAGCAGAGUGUAUGGGGAAGAACAAGGCUGCACCUCUGCCAUUCCCUGCAAGCUGUAUUUCCAUCUGCCUACUCCCUGUCAUUGGAUCAUGCUCAGGGGCUUCAGCAGGUGGUCAGGGAGUAACCUCAGGAUUGUCCCAUCCUUAUACCGCUUUCCACUGUGCACCCCCAAGCCAAGUCCACCACCAGCAUGUUCUCUGGAAGGCAGCAUAGUUUGACCUGCUCCCCCUUUCCAGCAGUCUGGGGUGCCCCACACUGCAACAUUCUCAUCAGAAGUUUUGGGAUACAGCAGGCCCUGAAACCUUUCCAGUUCCUGGGCUGCCAGGUCUGUAUUAGUCCACAGCCAAGCCUGGGUGUGUGUAGUGCAGAAAGAUCCCACAGCAGACAGUGGGGCACAUGGCAGUGCCUUGAGCCACAGCACCCUGUGCUGGGGGUGAGCUGCAGAGAGCUGUCUGGGCUGCCAUCCUACAGCACCUGUGCUCUCCCUGCCCUCAUGGCUUCCCCAAGCAGCAUGCCCUGUUCCAGGUUCCUGGCUGAGUGCUGAGGCUGGGCCUUUAGCAAGCCCAGAUCUGCCUAGCAGCCAGCUAUCUCAGAGCCCAGACAGCAGCCACCAGCAUGGCCAUGUCUGACAGGAUUUGGCACAGCCCUGAGCAGCAGCACUGGCGUGGCUGGAUGCACAUUUCCAGGCACAUCCCAGCACAGCACACUGCUGGUGCUGUGAGCAAACAGGUG